AUGGCAUCCGAAACCAUCAAGAGCCCUUCAUCAAGCAGCGCCCCGAAGCAUCGGGCCUGUGACGAGUGCCGCACGCGAAAACUCGCCUGCUCCAAGGAGCCCGAUGGCUGUGCCAGGUGCAAACGAGAGGGCAUCCAGUGCCACUACUCACCCCAGAAGCCCAUGGGACGCCCUCGGAAACGUCGACACAUCGAGGAUGCGGAGUCGGAUGUCGUCGCUCAGCCUCCCCAGGCGGCCGCUGUCAAAGGAGAUGCGCUCGUCACGCCGCCGCAGUUUGCAGACUUCGAUACGCCAGCGGCGCUUUCGCUGAAUUCGGGCUUGGACUUCCUAGGCCCCCAAGCUACGCCAUCCGACUUGACAUUCCUCGACUUAUUGCCGACCAACUACGGUGACGAUGACGGCAACGGCCUGUAUGGCCACAACCCGUACGCGCAAUCGCAAGCCCCCGGCCAGGAUGUUCUGCCCCUCAAUGCUUCGGCGCUCCACAUGCAAUGCGCCGCAGGGGACCUGUUUCAGGGCAUCAGUUUCGAUGAGCCCGACCCCACAGACACGGCAGUGUCCAAGGACAUCAGUGAUUCCUUGCAGCGCUUCAUGGAAUCGCAGUGGCCGUCGCCUCCAGAGGAUACACCCCAAUCCUGCUCGAGUGACAUGUCGAGCGCGGUGGACUCCCCGGACCCCCUUCCCGACACACCGAUUCCUCCGAUCCGGGCGAUGCCGAGCACCACGUGCGGCUGUUUGUCUGCGCUGUACCUGGCGUUGGAGUCGCUCUCACACCUUCCUCCCGACGUCACUACGGCCAUGCGUGUGGCCAGAGGCGCGUGCAAAGUAGCGCAGGAAGUCAUCGACUGCAGAAUGUGCUCCAAUGCCUUCUUCGACGACCCUCUGAAGCCGCCACCGAUUCAGGCGUUUCAGAACCUCAUGUGUCUGGGUGCCCUCGUACCGUCGGCCUGCAACGCCUACGCUUCGAUCCUGGAGAUGGUGGACAACGAAACUGCGCUGGCCAAGAAGGAGAGCCGGACCAUUUACUUUUCAUUCAAGGAAGUCGGCGGACUUUGGGGCAAUGUCGUCAACGAGCACAGCGGUUGUUCAGCCAUUCAAGGCCUGAACAACAACCAUCUAGCGCCAGACGUGUGGCGAACGACCAUUCGCGCCAUCUUGAAGCUGGACAUCUACGGCGUGGGCGGAUCUCAGGGCGGCCCAUCGCACGCGCCAAGACGACAAAAGGGAUUGAAGGACGUGCUCGCGCAGCUAGACGAGACGUCAAGGAGGCGACACGAAAUCAUGGACGAAAUCGCCGCGUCCGGGCAGGCGCCGACCAACGCCCGGUACAUCAUGAGCCACAUGACACAACCGCCAUGUCCGCCAGAGCAGAGGAACUGCGUCAGGAUCCUAGACACGGCGAGGAUCGCCCUUGAGAACCUUGCCAUUACGUGA